GAGUAAAAGAAAGGAAAGGAGAUAUCUGGGUAUCACAAAAGCUCCAAGAGUGAUAAAAAAUCAAUUUUUAUAUUUUCUAGAGACGAUUCUCGAGCCACAACACGGUCCCGCGUUUUAGAAGACCGGAGUAGACUCGGGGUCGAAUACCCCUUUCUCCCCGCCGAGACGGCUGGCCGUCGAGAUCACAAUUGGCCCCGCGAUUCCUUGGAUGACGUGAGGAUCAUCCCCCACUGAGCGUCAACGACGACGCAUUCGGAGCACUUCCUCCUCUGACACCAGUCGUAUACAGGUUUCUGGAAGAACACCAUCAGUGAAACUGGUUGUAUAAAGCCGGCACUCGAACCCGAGCCAGUUUGUUCCCCCGGACAUUGUCACAUUGUUCUCUUUCGACCGACCUCUGCUGUUCCCCGCAGCCCGUGUUAAUUUAUAUCAAAUGAACACCGCGGCCAGAGCCCUGCGUCUCGCAACGCGACAGCGCUUGGGCACUCGCAUCCCUCAAACAACCACCAACUUAAACCCCCUCGCUAGAUUCGCAGCCACGAGAACCAUGCACACCCCGCGCAAAGAACAACAAGUGUGGCCCACGGACACCACAAGCCCGGAGCCACGUUCACACCCAAACGUAGGCAACAAACCCGCGAUAGACGAAAACGUUGGCAAGAAGGGGUUCGCCGACUUUAACGUAGCAGGCAAAGUGUUUGUCGUGACCGGUGGUGCUCAGGGGCUGGGUCUAACCAUGGCCGAGGCGCUGGUCGAGGCAGGCGGCAAAGUCUACGCCCUCGACCGCGCGCCCGAGCCCGACGAGCAAUGGGCGGAGGCCAUCGCGCGGGUGGUCCCCUCCCAGGGCGGCUCGCUGCACUACCGGCAACAAAACGUCGCCGACACGACCCGCCUGGACGAGCUGAUCGGCGCGAUCGCGGCCGAGAACGGGCGGUUGGACGGCGCGGUGGCGGCGGCGGGCGUGCAGCAGGUGACCGAGGCGCUCGACUACACGCCCGACGACGUCGCGCGCAUGCUGGACGUCAACUACACGGGCGUGUUCAUGACGGCGCAGUCCGCCGCGCGGCAGAUGUUUCGGUACAAGACGCGGGGGAGUAUUUGUUUGGUGGCGAGCAUGUCGGGCAUGGUGGCGAAUAAGGGGCUGUUGAGCCCCGUGUAUAACUCGAGUAAGGCGGCGGUUAUUCAGUUGGCGCGGAAUUUGGCGAUGGAGUGGAGUCCGGUGAGGGAGGAUGGGGCCGGGGGGAUUCGGGUGAAUUGUAUUAGUCCGGGGCAUAUCUUGACGCCGAUGGUGUUGAAGAACUUUGAGGAGGUGCCUGGGCUGAGGGAGACGUGGGAGGGGGAGAACAUGAUGGGGAGGCUGGCCGAGACGACCGAGUUCAAGGGGGCCGUGUUGUUCUUGUUGAGCGGCGCGAGCAGCUUUAUGACGGGGAGUAAUCUCGUUAUUGAUGGGGGUCACACUGCAUGGUAAUGGCCGUCUGGGCAAGGGCCACAACGUGGCAAAGGGGUUCUUUUGUUUAAUGUAGGGGAUCACGGAGAGCGAGCAUUCAUGUUAGUUUAGGUCUCAGAGCAUCUAAUUCGACUAUUGUUUUAUAUAUAUUUACUGGGAAUGAAUUUUACCCGACCACGGGGGCUAUUAAAACAA